CAACACAUGGAGAUUUAGAGAGAGAGAGAGAGGGAGGAGAGAGAGAUAUUUCUCACUUUCUUCAUUGUUUCAUCUUCUCUCUCUCCCCUCUGAGAUCUUCCAAUCGCUCUCUGUAUUGUAUAUGAUUUUCAUAUUUAAAAAAAAAAAACUGUUUUCAAAGAACACCAUUGAUUUUCUAUUUCUUCAUUAUGAGCUGAAAAAAACCUUUAAUUCAAAGUGAAAUUUCGUUUGUGUUUUAAAUCUUCUCCCACAAAGUUUUGAUCUAAUUGAGAGAGCUAAUUGAGGUUGUUUGCUAAUCUGGGUUUUCUUCAAAAUCUCGUCUUUCUAACUUAAACCUAGGCCAAUUGCAAUAAGCAAUCGUUGUGGGCUGCUGAUUUUUGGUACGAUUGGAUUUUGAUAUUUUUAGGGUUUGAUUGGAUCGCACCCUAAUUUGCGGUUUUUGAUACUAUCAGGGAUCGUCCCUCGGAGAUUAAACACUUUAGGAUCGAAUUGGGUUUCUUCACGAGGGCGGCUCUGUCCUUAAAAAGGAGGGUUGAAGUGCCUUUUGGUUUGCUGGUGAACCAAGUUUGGAGCUUCUAAAUGGUUUUCUUAUUGAACAUGAUGAGCUGAGGUAAAAGGGGAAGUCGAGAAAGUAACAAGAGUGGUUGAAAGUACACCACUUUAGGGCGGCUUGAGGGAGGGGAGGGGGGUUAAAAGUGCCAUGUCUCGUUGCUUCCCGUUUCCACCUCCAGGAUAUGAGAAGAAGAUUAUAACUGAUGAUGAAGCAGACUCUUUGAUAAAGGAAAAACAAAAGAAAGAAAAGAAGCACAAAAAGGAUAAGGAAAAGAAAGAGAAGAAGGAUAAAGAAACAAGCAAAGACAAACACAAGGAACGGAAGGAGAAAAAGGAGAAACAUAAAGAUAAGAAAGACAGAGAUCGGGAUAAAGAAAAGAGCUCAGCUUCGGAGGACAAAAAAGGUGCUUGUGUUCUGCCCAACACAAAGGACAGGGAGCCGCUUGUUACAAAUACCGUGCUGAGUAAUGGUAACGGAGAGUCUAAGUUUAUACAGGAUCUGGCUAGAAGGAUCAGAGAUGAAGAAGCUACAGGCAGUCAAAGCGUGGGGAAGAUUAGUUUUCCCAAUGGAGUCACAGAGAACAACCUUAGGAAAGUUGAUGAAAAGAGGAGCUACGCCAUGGAGAAAAGACCUGAAAAUGCGGUUCCUCGAGCAUCAUCCAGUAGUGAUCAGAAAGGAUCUGAGUUUAUGGUUAAACCAUCGGAGAAAAAGGAUCAGGCGAAGAAAACAGAACUACAUGAGAAGAAUCACCGCAGAGAAAGUGUUACAAAGAGUGACUUGCCAUCGGACAGCGAAGGGAUAAAGAAAAAUGAACCAAAGUACACAACACAUAGAAGUAGUCAAGAGGAGAAGAAACAAAUUGGUCAUGACAAACCAAAGUAUGUAGAGGGAGGGCCGAGGCUAAAAGAGAGAGACGUAGUAGAUGCUAGGAACUUUAGAGUGCAUGACCUGUCAAAGGCGAGCGUCAAAGAUCUUACCGCAGAUGGAGGAGUACUUGGCAAACGGAAAGAUCAUGAGACGAAUGGUUUCUUGUAUGAGAAUGGAGCUAGGCCAAAUAAGAUACAGAGGCCAGUUGCUUCUCCUAUAACAUCAUCCGUGGAAAACGGACGAAAGUUGGGAGGAUGCCAAACUCUUCCUAAACCUGUUUCUGAGUUGCAAGGACCAGUGUGUAGUAAUCCAGAGGUCAAGGAGGAGCAUAGAGUUAACGGUUUCAUUGAUUCUCAAGAAUCAAGAAAACGUCCAUCGACUUCUUCGUCUGUGAAAGUGAAAGAAAACGGUGAAGCAUCAUCAAAAAAGAAGCGACCUCAUUCGGACUUGAAGUAUUUGGAUCAGAUACUGAACGUACCGCAAAGGGAGGAGUUGCAUGAGGUUGGUGAGAGUGAGGAACAAGAGUGGCUGUUCGGUCAGUCUGGUGUGAAAUUACUAAAGAAGCCAAGGACAGAUUCCUCUACUUCAUUGGAUGAGUCUUUGCAAGUCUGGAACCAGGCUCUUAGAUUAGAAUCUGUUACUGAUCUUGUAGCUCUUCCAUAUGUGGUUCCCUUCUAGUUUGAUGCCAUUCUUAUGUUAUUUCACUUCAACCGAGGAGAAAGAUCCUCCCUCACAUAGCAUUGCAGUGGCAUUUGCUCGGUGUAGCAGUCAUGGGAAAUGUUGAGAGGUAUUAUUGGCUUGGACUACAUGAGAAAGAGAGGCUUGCUACUAGAACAGGUUAAAGUCUUUGUGGGUUUUAGAGUGAAAAGGUCUUUUUUCGAGAGUGUGAUUGUUGGAAACCGGAUUUUCAGACUUUUGAUUCAGUUUUGAUUCUACUGUGUCAUCAUCAUAUGUUGAUGGGAUUAGCAUUAAGUUGUAUAUUAGAGAGAGGAUAUAGAAAAUGGGGGGAGGGGAGAGAUGUUACAAUUUACCCACUAAUAACAUUACACUUUUACACU